AUGAUGUUAUUCGGAUACGACCAGGGUGUCUUCAGCGGCGUGGUGGUUACACCCGAUUUCCUUGAAGUCCACGACUUAGUCGGCCCUACCAAGACCAAAGUCCUGUCAACUGUUGCAGCUAUUUAUGACAUUGGAUGUUUCUUUGGGGCUAUACUUGCUUUCACUGUGGGGGAAAAGCUAGGUCGCAAGAAGUCCAUCCUCUUGGGCACCGUCAUAAUGGCGGUUGGCACAGUUCUCCAGGCCUCUUCCUAUAGUUUACCACAGAUUCUCGGGAAUGGCAUUAAUACUGCCACGGCGCCUAUCUGGCAGACUGAAACAGCGCAGGCAAAAUGGAGAGGAAAGCUCGUCAUCUUGGAUCUCGGACUCAAUGUUGGUGGAUACUGCAUUGUAAACUGGAUCAACUAUGGCCUCUCAUUUCGCGGAGGUGCUAUCGCAUGGCGAUUACCAAUCUCUCUGCAACUCAUAUUUGUGAUUAUCUUAUUCGUCACGAUUCCUUGGCUGCCAGAAUCACCAAGAUGGCUCAUGACGCAAGCUCGGGAGGACGAAGCGAUGGAAGUUCUUGCUUGCGUUGAAGCUAAGACAGUCGAUGAUCCCCUUAUAAUAACCCAACGUGACGAGAUCAAGUUCAGUAUCACCUACGAGACUGAGAAUGCUAUUGGGUGGUGUGACCUCCUACGCCCAAACAAAAGUGACAACACUACCAAAACCCUUCGCCGGUUGGUUCUUGGUGCUGGAACACAGGCAAUGCAACAAUUCCAAGGCAUCAACAUCAUGAGCUACUACCUCCCCCUUGUCCUCAUGAAUUCGGUCGGACUUUCGGAUAAAAUGGCCAGGCUACUCACAGCUUGCAAUGCGACAUCCUACUUCAUUUUCUCGUGCGCUGCUGCUUCGAUUGUUGAGCGCGUCGGCCGCCGCGGUUUGAUGAUGCUCUCCGGGUUUGGACAGUUUAUUUCCUUUUUGGUUAUCACUGUUCUUCUAUACCUAGCCGAGAAAAAUACGGUAUACGCUACCGCCUCCGUUGCAUUCUUCUUCUUGUUCCAUGUGGCAUUCGGAAUGGGCAUGCUGGGAGUGCCAUGGCUUUAUCCAACUGAGAUCAACUCACUUCCCAUGAGAACAAAAGGUGUUGCGGUUUCGACGGCAACUAAUUGGAUUACUAAUUUUGCCAUUGUUGAGAUCACACCUAUCGGCAUCCAAAGCAUUGGUUGGAAAUUCUGGAUUGUGUGGACCGUCCUCAAUGCUCUAUUUCUGCCGAUAAUUUAUUUCUUUUACCCUGAGACAGGUCGGUUGAUCAAAUGUGCACCUGGCAGUUUUGUUUAUACACUGACGACUUUUAGCGAAUCGAACAUUGGAAGACAUGGAUGCGUACUAUCGUUCCAAUCCUCCACUCAUCGUGACGGGUGA